AUGCUACACAAAAUUGGUGGUGCAAUUGUGGAAGAGGAAAAGCUAGAACUUAGGAGGUUGAAUCAAGUCAAUAGCUCUUACAGAGAUGGCGACGACGACGACGACGACGACUACGAAUUUGCUGACCUGAUCAACUUCCUCUACGAUAUUUUCGUUGACCAUUCAUCCGAUGACGAAACAGCGACGACGUCAACUCUGUGGGCAUGGUGGAAGACGAAACCAUUGAGUGUACUUAGUACUUCAAGGAGGUCUUUCUAG